AUGAAGUACGGUCAUGAAUAUGCGCAGUUACUGGCUAGUGAAGGGUUUCCUGAGGAAUGGGUUUCUUCUGCCAUCUCUUACCGGCUACUGAAGAAAUCGAUCAANAAAGUUGAGCAAGAGUUGAGCGGUCUUGGUCUGGACGUUUCGACACUCCAACAUCUACACAGCGAGUUUGGUGUGGAGGCACCAGGAGAUGAUUCUGGAUCAAACUUCGUACCGGAACUAUGGGUCGCUGUUGAUGGCGACAGUGGAGAGUUUCUGGAUGCACAUCUGACCAAGGAGACGAAACAGUACUUCCUUUGGCUGGCUCAGAACAACAACUCGCAAAAUGCCCAGGAGAAACGUGCUAGUCAGAUCUCACAUGGAACCGAUGGAUCUUCGAUUUCUGAGCAUGAACAGUCUAAUGCCAUGAUUCGCGCAUCUUCGGCUGAGACGGGUGCGCAAUGGGCUCAUGUGCAUCUACACACAGCAGCAAACUUCUUCAAUCUCUUGGACCCAAAACUAGCACAAUUGGAUGUCAUCCAGCAGGCAGAGGAAAAGCGACUGGAGUCACAGAUUGUGGAGCUUAGCACCGAAGUCACAGCGCUCACUGAGCCUGCUCAUCAGAAGAAGGGCAAGUUCAAGGCUAGAUCAGAUGUCACGAUUUGGCGCCAGAUUCUUGCUUUGUAUGUGCAGCAUGCGAUAUUCUUCUCGCCAUACGAAAGAAAUCGCGGCUCUCGUGGUUUCGACCAAGCGAAGUCACAGCUAGAGCUCUUCUCCAAGGAUCUGGUAGAUCAGGGGCUUGUCAANAAGUUCAAAGACAAGACGAGCAGACAUGCCUUUGAUCAUUUCGUGGCCAUCAAUCUGGAUAUCCUCAAAGCUAUGCGCUUCCAAGAACUCAAUAUGGAAGCCGUACGCAAGAUCCUCAAGAAAUUCGACAAACGAACUGCUUUGGGAGCAACAAAAGCCUACCAGAGUCAUGCGAUCAGUGGUCCCUUUGCCAAAUCUGUCGCAACAGACAUGUGUGCAGCAAUGUCCCAGCAAGUAAUCACCAUUGUACCUCAACCGGACGACUACAGUUGUCCCGUCUGUUGCGACAUUGCUUGGAGACCAAUCCGUCUCGAAUGCUGCAACACAGUAUUCUGCAUUCGCUGUAUGAUUGAGUUACAGAAGUCGGCUUCGAAGUGCCCCAUGUGCAGAUCGACUGCAGUCAUUACGGCUGAUUCUGGCUCUAUAGACCAACAACGAGCUGAACAUCUGGUCAAGUACUUCCCGCAUGAAGUCAAGGAGAAACAGAAGGCGAACGAGCUUGCUGUUGCGAUUGACAAGUAUGGUCCGGAUUAUCAGAAAGGACCUUGCUGCGUUAUGUGA